GGCGCUUUCCUUCAGCUCGCUCUCAGUUUGAAUCGUGCGCUCCGAGCUUGCUCCAGGAGAGCGCAAAUCAGAGAGUCGCGGGGGAUCGAUGAUCGAAACGAUUGCGUCGCGAUCGAUCUACAAAAAAUUUAUAUCUAAAGAGCAACACUAUGUUUUUAAUGAACUGCACGUAAUUUUCAGCCGCUUCGAUAAAUAAGCAGAGCGAAAGAAUCGCGAUCGGCCGGAAAAUCGAUCUUGAUCGCGACGCUGUUACCGAUCCGAGAUCACCUCCGAGUGACAUCGACGCGCACAACACGUGUUUCGUGAUGCGAUUGUAUGAAAAAACGAUGAUCGGAUUAUUCGUGUUCGUUGGUGUAGUUAGAUCUAGUGAAGAAGUUGAUUUGUUGUUGAAAAAACCGUCGGAGAACGUCGCACAGAUGCGUGAUUUUUAGCGAUAUGUUACGAUAGUGAACAAUAUGAUUCGAAUUAUGUGUGCGGUAACGAAGCUGUUCGAGGCAAAUCUCUUAAUUUGUAAUUUCGGAUGCCUCUUGCAACCAACAUCUUCGGAGAGUGCGAUCCUUAAUUAGUGAAGUCAUGAUGUUCGGGACUUCUAAUGAUUAUCGUUGCGUCGAAGUUAAAUUGGAACACUUUGAACCUUCUAACGAACCGUUCUGACGAAGACCGGUAUCUCGCAUUCAGACGAGGACGCAAAAUUAUGUACAAGACUAUUUUCUGACAAAGUCAUUAAAGACGACGGCGCGUGUCGGUAUAUACAUCGUGAAAAUGAGAAACGAUAGGCAAUAAUAUUACGCGUCUGUCAAAAUAGCGGAGAGCCAUCUGUGUAUCUUUCGCUCCCCUUUCGUGUGAGUGCGAGGAAAAAGAAUAAUAUUAUUUUUUUCCGCAGUGUUGUAACAUUUGAUAAAAACUAAAUAACGAGUUUGAAGAUAUUAAACCCCCAAACAUUUUACAUUCUCGCUUGUUACUCGCUUGUUACCCCAUGUUAAGUUAACAAGAAAGAUCAUAUUACUACGCGCGCUAAUAUGUGAAACGUAACAAUGUAAGCGUGAAAUAUACUCGCGGAACGUUCGAAGUGAUGUCAAAGAGACAAAACUAGAAUGUGGAAAAUAGCGCGAGUGACUCUCGCGUUUCCACUUGCGCGACCGACCGCAAUCCGGAAAAUGCGCCGGAACGUAUAAUAAUUACACGGAUAGAGUUCCGGCGGAAGAUAAAACGGCGGUGAGAUAUAACGUGCGCCCGUGGCGCGAUGGCGUCGCGGACAAGAAAGCGGUGCGCGUGUGAUGUUUUGGUGCGACUAAUGUUGGUAUUGUCGGGUUUGUGCGCGGGUCAUUGCGCGGAUAUUGGCGCGAUUGUAACGACUACGACAACGACGACGACAACGACGAAGACGACGGUACCGGUCACCCCCGCCGUCAGCCCGAGGGAAUGCGUCGGUGUUACGCGUACGUCGCAGUUUAAGAACGAAGUGAGACUGGCGGUGAUCGCGCCAGGCGAUCCUCAUCACGAACAGAGUUUGCCGAGGGUACUUCCGGCGGUGCUAUUGGCGGUGAGAUACGUCAGUUCGCCCAAGGGACCGCUACCCGGAUGGCACAUCAAGGUGGACCAUCGCGACUCGCACUGCUCCAGCACUUACGGGCCUCUAGCCGCCUUCGAGUUUUACAUCAACCAGACGGCAGACGCUUUCCUGGGUCCCGUGUGCGAUUACGUGAUCGCACCUGUGUCGAGGUACGCGGGCGUAUGGGGAAUACCUGUGUUGACGGCGGGCGCUCAGGCCGAGGCGUUUCGUCAUAAAGGCGAGCAUUAUCCGACGUUGACGAGGAUGAUGGGUUCCCAUCGUUUGGUCGGCGAGGCGCUCCGACACAUCUUACGACGUUUCGGAUGGAAAAUCGCCGGUCUGCUGUUUCACAAUCACGCGAUGGCCAGCAGCCGAGGCAAUUCCGAGUGUCAUUUUACGUUGAGCGCCGUGUUCACCGCCCUCAAUCAAAAACCGGUGCACCGGAGCUUCAAUCAAGAGACGACCACCGCCGAAGAUUACAGAAAUCUACUCACCUUCGUUUCAAAAUCCGCAAGGAUCGUUGUGAUGUGUGCUAAUUCCACGACCAUCCGGGAGAUAUUGCUGGCUGCCGAGGAACUCGGGAUGGUGGACUCGGGGGAAUAUGUGUUCUUCUCUAUAGAGCUUUCGUCCAGCGACUACAAUUCUAAUGAGCCAUGGAGGGUAGAAGGCGACACGGACGAGAGAAACGAGAAGGCGCGAAAGGCGUAUCAGGCCCUGCUCACGGUGACGGCGCGUACUCCGGACAAUCUGGAGUAUCUGAAUUUUUCGCGCGAAGUCAAGUCACUGGCUCAAAGCAAGUACAACUUCACCUUUGGCAACAGCUCGGUUUCUACGUUCGUGACAGCGUUUUACGACGCCGUGUUGCUUUAUGCCCUCGCACUUAAGGAGAGUUUGCCAGAGAAGCCAGGUGAGGUCAACCUAGACGGCGGUAACCUGACUCGAAGAAUGUGGGGUAAAAGUUUUAAAGGUAUAACCGGGGACGUGAACAUCGACGAGAACGGCGAUAGGAUUGCGGAUUAUUCCCUCUUGGAUAUGGAUCCGGAAACUUCCAGAUUCGAAAUAGUGGCCAAUUAUUACGGCGCAAAUAAAACAUUGGAAUACAUUCCUGGCAAGCAAAUUCACUGGGCCGGUGGUCGUUCGGAGCCGCCGCCGGAUACACCUACUUGUGGAUUCGACGGAUCGUUAUGUCCUGAUAAGUCUCUCCCGGGAUACGCCAUUCUGUCGAUGGUAUUGAGCUCCAUCCUGGUCGUACUUGUCCUCGGUUCGGUAUUUAUUUAUCGGCGCUUCAAACUGGAAGCGGAAAUUGCCUCUAUGACGUGGAAGGUGCACUGGGAUGACGUAAUUGUAAUGCCGAACGCAAAGACGAGAGGCUCCAUGUACUCCCUGAUCGCAAACAAGUUCCGCGGCAGCCAACUGACGAUCUAUUCCGAGGAUAACGCGAGCAUGCCGGACGUCGAAAGAAAUGUGUAUGUUCCGACAGGAUUUUACAAGAACUCGAAAGUUGCUAUAAAGCUAAUACCCAGGAAUAAAGUGGAAAUCUCAAGGCCUUUGUUGCUAGAACUGAAACGGAUGAAGGAUCUUCAGCACGAUCAUCUUGUACGAUUUUACGGUGCUUGUCUCGAGCCGCCUCAUUGUUGCCUUCUAACCGAAUACUGCCCCAAAGGAUCUCUUCAGGAUAUACUCGAGAACGAGCAGAUACAGCUCGAUCGUGUGUUUCGAGGAUCCCUCAUACACGACAUAGUCCGCGGCAUGGCGUAUCUUCACGCGUCGGAGGUGAAGAGUCACGGAAAUCUCAAGUCCUCGAACUGCGUGGUCGAUUCUCGAUUUGUUCUAAAAAUCACCGACUUCGGUCUGCACGAGCUUCGAAGGACGAGCACCGAGGAUGCGGACGUCGAUAGGAACUGCUACGCUUAUUGGAGAAAACAGUUGUGGACAGCUCCAGAAUUGCUGAGGAUGGAAAGGCGUCCGCCUGAGGGCACUCAGAAAGGCGACGUAUACAGCUUUGCUAUAAUCGUUCACGAGAUCGUGAUGCGCCAAGGGCCAUUCUACUUAGGAGUCAAUAACGAUCUCUCUCCAAAGGAAAUAGUAGAAGGCGUCAAAAGAGGCGGCGGUUCACCUUUAAGGCCCAUAAUCGACGAAGCUUCCGUCGAAGAAGAGGUCGCUACGCUAAUGAGACGAUGUUGGGCGCAGGAUUCCGCGGACCGGCCAGACUUUCCAGCGCUGAAGCAAACCAUUCGUAAAAUUAAUAAAGACUACGAAAGCAGCAAUAUAUUGGACAAUUUGCUGUCCCGUAUGGAACAGUACGCUACGAACUUGGAAACGCUGGUGGAAGAACGCACGGCGGAUUAUCUCGACGAGAAACGUAAAUGCGAGGAACUCCUUUACCAGUUACUACCGAAAUCGGUGGCGUCGCAACUGAUCCUCGGACAAAGCGUAAUCGCCGAGACGUACGAUCAAGUGACAAUCUACUUCAGUGACAUCGUGGGCUUCACCAGCUUGUCGGCCGAGAGCACGCCGCUGCAGGUGGUCGAUCUGCUCAACGAUCUUUACACGUGUUUCGACUCCAUUAUCGAGAACUUUGACGUUUACAAAGUGGAAACGAUAGGGGAUGCUUACAUGGUCGUAUCGGGAUUACCGGUGAGAAACGGCAUGAAUCACGCCAGGGAGAUUGCAAGGAUGAGUUUAGCUCUCAGGGACACGGUAAUGACGUUCAGCAUUCGCCAUAGGCCGACCGAGCAAUUGAAGCUACGUAUUGGCAUGCAUUCCGGUCCAUGCGUGGCUGGCGUGGUGGGUCUGAAAAUGCCUAGAUACUGCUUGUUCGGCGACACGGUUAAUACGGCCUCUAGAAUGGAGAGCAACGGAGAAGCUUUAAAGAUUCACGUCAGCCCGAAAACGAAGGAAAUCCUGGAUACUUUCGGCACGUUCGAACUCGUCUGCAGAGGAGAAGUCGUACUGAAGGGUAAGGGCCCUAUGACUACUUAUUGGCUGAUAGGGGAGAAAACGACGAACAACAACGUGCAACAGGCGAAUCCCACGACGACGAUCGGCCAGAUAUCGACUCUUCAGGAUCAACCGGCCGUGAACGCGCAAAGUCAAACGACACAGCCGACGAAGCAACAGGAUCAACAACGCGCUCUCUCCUCCGCCGCCUCCGUCGGUCAGCAGCAGCACAAGUUUCAAGGUCCAUCGGAUCAGUACGCGACCCAGCAGCAAUCGAUCCAGCCGACGAGGAGUCAGCAGAGCCAACAGAGGCCGCAGGAACCGCAGCAUCCCGGCUUGACGAACCAAUCGCGAACGCAAUCGGUCCAAACUUGCGCACCGCCGACUACGAUUCAGAUCCAGAAUCCCCAGAAAUCUCUGCUGGCCAAUUCCGCGUGCGGUCUCACCGGGAACGGCGCCCCGAAAUCGGUGACGUCGCGCAACGUCGUCGCGACGACGCCGAUCGGCAACUCGUCGCCGUCUCGCAAUCGCGCGACCGGCAAUCCGUCGAACGCCAAUAACUCCGUGCACCAAGUUUACCCGGCGACCGAGAGUAUGCCUAAUUACGCCGAGAGCGGUCCCAACGCCCCGCUACUUCUGCCCGCGGGCGCGGUUCCUAGAGUUUAGCUUUCUUAAGAGGUGUCCUUCCGCCGCGGGGGAAUAUCCUAACACAACGUGGAUGUACCGCGCGGGGAAGCGUGCCGACCGACACUUGGGUCCAUUGGUGGGAAAGUGAAAUUUUGCGUAGUUAUUAUUCACGUGAAGUACUUAUGUAGAUGAAGAGAAGACGAAUGGCCUCUUUGUGGAAGGAAAAAGAUUCAAGAGUUAUUCGUGGAUUUUAAUUUCCGCCGAUGUUUUUGAGAUUAAGAUUCUUUGUUUUAGCGAUUAUUGAAAUGAACUUGCGAACGCGCAUUGGAACAAGAAUUAUCUCGUUUUAUGGGAUUUAUGUGACAUACGUUAAUUCAUUUUAACGUUCGUUUGACUGAUUGUUUAUUUGUUGCCUGUUUCAGUAAGUAUAUAUGUAUAUAUUAAGUAUAAAGCAAAUAAUUUAGAUUAUUCUAAAAUUAAUCAGUUAAUUAAUAGGAAAUUUGUUUUUUGCUAAAACAAAUCCUGACUUAUAAUAACAGAGUCUGAACUGUAGAGUUUUGAUUUUGUUUUCGCGUUAUUGAUAUAUAUAUAUAUAUAUACAUAAAUAUAUACGUCAAAUCGAUAUAAGAAGAAGAGAUUAAUUUAAAAAUUUGAACUUGGAGUCGCGGUUCUACAAAAUCACAUCCUGCCAACUACAUAAUAUAUAGUGUGAAUAACGUAAUACGCUUACAAGGAACAACUUUUCUGUUAAUAAUUACUUAAUUAUUUAAUUCUUAAAUGUUUGAUAUUUUAGGCGUGACGAUGACCGGAUCGCAUAGUAAGGAAUAAACAGAUUUGAAUUGAAUAGUCUGAAUCAAGAGAGACCUGAAAAAAAGAGCAAUUAAUCGUAGAAAGGUAUACGAGUGACGUAUUUUAGCCGGAUAUAUUUUUCUCGUCUCUUGUACAUGGACACAGUAUUAAAUUAUAUCGAGCGCUCAUGCGCGCUUUUUCACGCGGUUUAUUUAUUAUACAAAAACCGAAGCAAGCCGUCGUUCUUGCGCGUAUAAGUGAUCGGCGUGAGUCAUUUUGCAACACACAAAAAUGCAACGGGCUUGGCUUAGCGCGAUCAAUCCCGCCGAAAAUAAAUCUUACAUUAAAAAGUCUAAUCGCGAAGACUGUUACAGUCGAAUUUAUUUUAGUCCUUGUUUUUUUUUUUUUUUUAAGAUACUUCGAAAAAUUAAAAAUUAUGUAUAUUUUAUCAUUUUUUGCCGCUAAACUUGUGUAAUUAAGUCUCUAAUUAUUCAUCAAGUUUUAUCUCUACUUUUCCUGUCUACAUCUGUUGGAACACAAAACAAGGUAAUAGAAUUAAAGGUACAAUUUAUCACAAUGUUUGCCACGUUGUGUGAGAGAUCAAAUAUUUAUUAGUAAAAUUAACCUUGGGAAAAGGUCUACAAUUUUUUUAUCAAUAAAUUAUUGUACUUGGUAUCAAAACAAGUUUUGUACGUACAGUAUAUCUCAGUCUAUAUACAUAUACAUUUUUGUUUUAUUUUGAAAAAAAAAAAACAACAAGUUUUUGUUUCUCUUAGAUGCGUUUAGGAUUGCAAAACACCCGAGCAAACAUCGCGAGAUAUAUAAAUCGGCUAUAGCGUUUGCAUGCCCAACAUGACAAAUAUUAUACUGUCGCGCAACGCGAGAUACAUCACACACACACACACACACAUGUACACAUAUACGUACACAAACACACGCACGCGCAUCACAGAAUUCCGUACUUACAACACGGUGUAAGGUGUAUGUUAUAUAUAAAAUCUAUAUAUAAAAAACAAAGAGAAUAAAAAACAAAAUCAAUGAUAUAUAUGUAUACAAAAAAUACAUGUAUAUGUUACGAGAUUAGAUUCUAUAUAAAUACAUAUAUAUGUAUAUGCUGUAUUUGAACGGUUAAAAAGCAACAAUGUUACCAUAGCUGUAUAGAUAUUUAAGAUCGCUCGUGUGUGCGAUCGGAGGCUGGGCCUCUCGCAAAACAAAAACCAAAAAAAAAAAAAAAAAAAAA